UCCUCCUCUCCACUCGACCCUCUCCUCCUCUCCAUUCUCCACUCGACCCACUCCUCCUCUCCGCCGCAUCCCCUUCUCCUCCAUCGAUGGGGACGGCCUCCCACCGCUGCCGACUCCUUCCUCUCCCUCCGUCACCGACUCCUUCCUCUCCCUCCUGAGAGAAGUGAGAUGGCUGGCUUCGAAGGUUUCAAGUUCUUUGAGAUCGUAAUUGAGAAAUCUUGCAGCAGGCAGAGGCUGCCUGACAAGUUUGCGAAGAUGCUCGCCGGCCGUGAGCCCCACAAAGUGAAGCUGCGGGAGGUCGGCAGCGGGCUUCGCAGGCUGUGGGACGUGUUGGUGGUGUUCGAUGGCGAAGGCCACAUGUACCUAGGGCCCGCCUGGGAUCAUUUCGCCCGCGCCCAUGAGCUACAGCUUGGGCACUUCCUUGUCUUCCGCUACGACGGCGACGCCAUGUUCACCGUGAAGAUGUUCGACAACACCAUGUGCCACAUGCAAUGGGAGCAGCAACGGGGAUGACGAGGAGCAGAGCGGGGAUGACGAGGAGCAGCCUAUUCUGGCUGACGACAACCUUGCUAUGGUGGUGGCUAACGACGACCCUGCUAUGGUGGUGGCGGACGACGACCUUGCUAUGGUGGCUGACGACGACCUCGCGAUUGUGGUGCCUAAUGAUGACCUCACAAUGGUGGUGCCUGACAAUGACCUCGUGAUGGUGGUGGCGCCUGCAAUCCCACAGCUUGGUGACAGGACCAUGCCAAUUGGUAGAGGAGUACAUCCGCGUUGGGAUUCGCCACUCUGAGCGCAUCAGGUUGAUGAAGGAGAAGAAGGAGGAGUGGAGAUGUUAAGAAAUGAAGUGGCAAUGUUAAGCAUGUUAGGUUUAAACUUGUUAGUGUAAUCUGAACAUGUCAAUGUUAAGUAUAUCAGGUUUAAUUUUGUGCAUGCUCAUGGAUGCUGUAUAACAGUGUCAUCUAAACAUGUCAGUUUCUUAAUUAUGAAUAUUCAGUUUGGUAA